CAGCCCCGAGGAAGCCGCUGCAGCGCGUGGGAAGCGGCGUUCCGGAGCCUGAGCAAGUGAGCGAGCGGAGCUGCGCCAGGCAGCAGCGUUUCCCGCCCCCGAUGUGGUUCUUGGAGAAGAUGCGGGCGUCCCCCGGAGAAGCCGGCCUGCUGGGCCCCUUGUUCCUCGCUCUGCCCUCCGAGAAGGGCCAGGCGGCCGCCACCCUCGCCUUCCCCAACAUCUUGACCCCAGACCGCAUCCCGGAGUUCUGCAUCCCUCCGCGGCUGAGCAGCCCUCCUCCGCCGGCCAAGAGCCCCAGCCCUGCCUUCCAGCCCCGCCACAGCCUGACUGAGCCCGGCUUGCAGGAGGCGGCCUCCCUCGGCCCCUGCCUCUUCCCACCCCACCUCAUCCAGGUGGAGAGCGUGGAGGAGCUCCAGGAGCCGGAGCAGGAGCAGGGCGGCACCAACUCGGACCCCCAGUCGCAGGCUGCCCUCUCUCUGCCCCACGUGCCCAGGACCCAGACCUCCUACGGCUUCUGCAUGCUGCUGGAGAGCCCCCACACCCGGAGGAAAGAGUCCAUCUUUCACAGCGAGGUCUCGGGCAGCUCCCUGGUCUUGCCCCGGUCCCGGUCCCGUAGCUACGGUGGCAGGGAGCCUGCCUCCAGCCCGGUGGCCAUCCGCCGGCACUUCUUCAGCAGGCAAGGCGCCUGGGACAGUGACACGGCCUCCUCCAGCGAGUCCUCGCCCUUCGGCUCACCCCUCUUGGGCAGGUCUCCCACCCGGGCCGGCUGCCUCCUCAAAGCCCGGAGCCAGGAGCGGCUGUUGGCCAAACCCUGGAGGGCCCGGAGGCUGUCCAGUACCACCCGGGCCGGCUCCCUGUCUUUGGACGAGGGCAGUUCCACGGACAGCAGCCCCGGGUCUCCGCGAUGCUCUUCGGAAAGCCCCCUGCCCCCGCCGGCCUCCAGCCUCCUCCCCCUGCCUGCCUUCCCCCUGGACUAUCCCUGUGGUCGAGAGCGGCUGGGCAGGGAAGCCACCGUGGUGAUGGACAAGGGGGGGCUGCUGCGCCUCUCCUCCGAGCACUGCCCCACCAACCAGCGCCUCCGCAUCCGGCUGAUCAGUGUGGAAGGACUCUACCGGGAGGCCCCCCUGGAGCCCAAGAGCAUCAACUGCUGCAUCACCUUCUCGCUCCUGCCGGGGAAGGUCCAGAAGCAGCGCAGCACCGUCAUCAAGCGGAGCCGCAACCCCAUCUUCAACGAGGACUUCUUCUUUCUCGGCGUCUCCGAGGACCACCUGCGCCGGCUCUCCCUCCGGAUGAAGGCUUUGAACAAAGGGGGGAACAUGAAGAGGGACCUGGUUUUGGGGGAGAGCGAAGUGCCUUUGAUGCAGAUUUUAGCCACCUGACAAACUCGGAGACACCACCACCACCAACCCCCGCCCCGAGAUCUAUUUAUUUAUUUAUUUAUUCUCUGUAUUUUUUUUAAUAAAGUAGAAUUUUAUUUAAAUAUGCA